AUGAAAGGACCGACUUGGAUGUCCUACAGUCCUUUUUUAGACUACAGAAGAAUGAAGUACCAGCCAACAACUGACUAUAAUCCAGUGGGAGACCACAAACGAUCUAUCCAGUUCUGGGACCAGUACAUCUUCAAUCCUCAGUUAGGGAUCUUGAAAACAAUUGAAGGCCCAGGAUUAGGAAGAAUGCUCAAUGAGCUGGAGAAACAGCUGUUAACCACUCCCAGGGUGGAGUCCGCCCUCAUUCAGCCCCAUCCUCGAGUUGUCACUGGAAGGUUCCAGGCCUCCUCGCAGGCCAAAUAUUACAUCUACAAGACUGAGUCCAUUGCUCUUCCUUCAAACAAUACCCAAGUUCAUGGUUCUUCUUACUUGCCCAAACCUCUACAAGUGAUUUACCCUCAACUCUGGCAAAGUGAUCUCGUAAAGACUCUUAUUGCUCGACUGCAGUUGCAGCUAUUUAUGUUUAGGGUUUCAUUGCCUAUAGUAGAUGGCCUCAAAACAGCUUUCCCUCACUCAGCGCUACUCAGCGAAGGUCCUCCCUUAACAGCAGGCACCUUGCGUGAAUACAAGCGUGUGGUUCUCAGCUCAGGAGGCGUAGGAAAAUCUGCUCUGACUGCACAGUUUGUUCAAGAAUUUUUGUUGAAGCAUGAUUCUACAAUAGAAGACUCUUACAGAAAGCAAGUUGAAGUAGAUGUACAACAAUGUAUGCUUGAAAUCUUGGAUACCGCAGGAGCAGAACAAUUUACAGCAAUGAGGAAUUUGUACAUGAAAAAUGGACAAGGCUUUGCAUUAGUGUAUUCCAUCACAGCACAGUCUACAUGUAAUGAUUUACAAGAUCAGAGAGAACAGAUUCUUCGAGUUAAAGACACUGAUGACGUUCCAGUGAUUCUGGUUGGUAACAAGUGUGACUUGGAAGAUGGAAGAAUUGUAGGAAAGGAACAAGGUCAAAAUCGAGCAAGACAAUGGAACAACUGUGCAUUCUUAGAGUCCUCUGCAAAAUCAAAAAUAAAUGUUAAUGAGAUCUUUUAUGACCUAGUGUGGCAAGUUAACAGAAAAACUCCAGUGCAUAGUAAGGCUGGCAAAAAGUCCUCCUGUCAGCUGCUUUAAUACACGAAAUGCAUUGUAGCUCUGAGCCAGGUCUGAAGAACUGUUGCCCAAUUCAACAGUGCCAGCAUUCCAACUUUAUUAAACCUACCAACAUCUUAAAUGGACUUUCCUGUUGUGGUACCCUUUA